CGCCCACAGAUAUGCCAUUACAACAGCAAAAUGGCGGACCCGCUUUCGAUUGCUUCUGGUGUUGCUGGAAUUCUUACACUUAGCAGCGCCGUCGUGGGAGCCGGCUAUCGAUUCAUUCACAGUGUAUCUUCAGCGCCUAGGGAAUUCGCAGAGCUAAUCAGGGAGGUUGCAUACCUCAAUUCCUUGGUCUCACAGAUUGUGUCUUUUCAGGUUGGGCGGGCACCAAUCCUAGAUGAUGGUUCGAUGGCGCAGAGCAUUGUUUCAGAUUGUGAAGCAGCACUCGACGAUGUCCAGCAACUAUUACGAAUAUUCGAAAAGAAGCAGACCUCCACCUCCGGACGUGUUUUAGGACCUAUUUCCUGGCCGUUCAAAGAGAAAGACAUUACCAAAUGCCGAGAGCGAAUCAACAGGCUUUGUGCGACAAUACAGAACUCAAUCUCCAUUGAAAGCGCAUCGAAGAUUAACAGUGUAGAGGUCAAAAUGGAGGAGUCCUUGAAACUGAGCACUGCGAUCGGGAGGCGAGUCCAUAGCUCACAGGAUAUGAAGAUUCUCGAUUGGCUCUCGACGUCAAACCCUACACGGAAGCAGGCAGCUACAACGCAGCUUCACCGAUUAGGAACGUACGACUGGUUUUUCAAUGAACCCGUCUUUACUGAUUGGGUCACCAUUUCACGUCUGCUCUGGCUCAAUGCGCCACCCGGGGCUGGAAAAACUGUUUUGUUCUCUCACAUUGUCAAUUAUCUCCAGAGUAGUAUCGCACAAAACUCAAUACAGGGGGUCGUUGCAUACCAUUAUUGCGAAUUUGCUGUCUCGGACACUUUGGAUCAUUUCAAUAUCGUGCGCUCACUUCUCCACCAGCUUGUCGGAUCAAAAACCGAACUCCCGCAGGAAAUACAAGACUUGUACCACAGCUCCCGAGGUCAGCUUCCCAAAUUAGCAAUGCUACUUGAUGUCUUUCAGAAAAUCAUCGAAAAGGGAGGCGAACCGGUAUAUAUCUUGAUCGACGGUCUAGAUGAAUUCCCAGAUCGACAGAAGCUGCUGAGUAUUGUUCGAGACUUUGAGAAAGCCACCCCAUUAAUCAGGGUGUUACUUUCUAGUCGCCCUGAAUACGAUCUGAGACAAGAGCUGUCUUCUGAAACUUCGUUCACCAUCGAAUCUCAUCAUAUUGAGCGCGACUUGGACAUACAUAUUCGAGCGGAACUUUCGAGCAUUCCGAAGCUGCGAACACUUCCUACAGCCAAGCACGAAGAACUAGUCAAAACACUCAUAUCUCGAGCCAAUGGUAUGUUCAGAUGGGUGCAAUGUCAGUUGGAUGUGUUGCGUCUCUAUAAGACAUACGAUCGUAUUUUGGAAUCGGUCAAGACUGAAGACUACGAUUAUGUUCUCAGUAUGCUUCAGUGGCUUACAAGCGCAUAUCGACCCCUGCAUAUUUCGGAGCUGGCGGAAGCAAUUGCGCUGGAUCCUAACAAACGGACUUUUGACCGCGACCAGGACAGGCUGUACGAUCCAGAGGAGGUACUUGAUCUUUGUGGUAGUCUGGUUCGGCUGGAUGAGAACGGCACUGUGAAGUUAGCUCAUGCUUCCUGUAAGGAGUAUUUGCUUUCUACAACACUCGCCAAUGGGCCUGCUUCAACCGCUCGAUUUUCAAUCACUUCAAUGGGUUCCGAACGACACAUUGUGGAAAGUUUACUCACUUACGGGCUCACAAUUGCACUUCAUAUGUAUCGGCUGAACCGGAAACUAGACGAUAAAGAAUAUCCACUUCUAAACUAUCUAAGAUACGCCACAAGAGUGGAUAUAUAUCGGAAUUUCCAAGCACUGAGCUCGUGGUUUGGAAAACACUUUCGUAUCUACGGUCACUGGUACGAUGAUCUGCUGCAAGUCAUCAGUUUUGUUGGAAAGCCUGCACUGCUGGAAGCAAACUACACGAUUGCUUUCGCGAUUCGACUGUUCCUCCAAUCUUGCUCGCUAGCACUUCUCGACGGCUUCUUGACUGCGAGCAGCACUAGUGAUCUUCAAGUUAUCUCCGAGUGUUUGAAAACCAGUUUUGUCGACUGGCAAUCUUAUUGGGAAGAUAAUCGAAAUUCUGAGGCCCUAACGAGAUUAUAUACUAACAUGCUUACUCCUUUAUCUCUUGCCGCAUAUAAUAACUCCACCAAUGUAGUGCACCACCUACUUGAACACGGCGCAGGAGUCGAUGGCAUAAAGGAUGGAGAGGGAGCCGCUCCGCUACUGAAAGCUGUCGGGAAUGGCAGUAAGGAUACAUUCAGGGUUUUGAGGGAACGAGGUGCGAACAUCAACAUCUGCAAUUCGUUCAGUAGCCAUGGUGGUACUGUCCUAAAACGAGCUGCUCUACACAGUGCGGAUAUGCUGGAUAUCGUGAUGCAUGAAAAAGACCUCCAGCCGUUUUUAGUGGACGGUAGAGGGCGCACCAUAGCUUAUUGGAUUCAUCAUGAUUCUGUAGUAAAGCGAAACCUCUCAGCGCAUCCUCAUUACCUUACCAAACUCGACAGGCCUGAGUUUAGGACGAUAGACCUCCGCAUUGUCUAUCAGAACAUUCUAAAACUAUUGGAUUCCGUAUCAGCCACGUCUCCCAUACGCCAUGAUUGGGCUCGGGAUGAACUGUCUAAUCAGCUGUUCUCAUGCGGGCCUUCCUAUUAUGAAUUCGGAGCGAUAUUCGGGGAAUCAGCACUGAUACGGGGCGAUAUUUUCGAGCAAACACAUAAUUGCGAUGCUUGCGUUACGAAUAGAGAAGCGGGAAUGAUAGGCAAACGGUAUAGGUGUCUAGACUGCAUAGACACCGAUCUUUGUGAGACAUGUUACAAGACUUGGCAAUUGGAUAAGGGAGAUUUGAGCUUCUGCCCGGGUCAUACGUAUCAUGAGAUACCGCGGCCUUGUUGGUACAAUUUCAAAGAAGGAGUUGUUGCUGAGGAUGGGAAAACUUUACCCCAGGUGAUUGAGUAUCUCAAGGCGGAGUUCUCCAAGUUGUUGCAAGAGCUCACUGGUGAUUCGAAGAACGACAUGCAGAAUCUGGCUUCAAGGUAG